AUGAUUUCUUUCUCUUGAUGUUCUUUAGAGAAAUAUGAAACGCAAUGGGAGCAGGAAUUGUUUGAAUCGGCGAAGUAGGUUUGGUUCUCGAGAGAGAGACUGGCUGAGAGAAGAUGUCAGGAGAGGUUGUGUUUACCUGUAUGGAGCAGACACGACCACUGCCGCCACAACCGCCUCUGCCUCCGCCUCCUCUGACUUACAUCUUGUCCUGUGCACUGUGGAGACGCCAGCGUCAGAAAUCUGUGCUGGAGAGGGAAGGGAAAGUCUGUAUUUACAGCUUCAUGGGGACCUGGUCAGGAGACUGGAACCUACUGAACGACCUCUUCAGAUUGUUUAUGAUUACUUAUCCAGGCUGGGAUUUGAUGACCCUGUGCGUAUACAGGAGGAGGCAGCAGAUCCUGACCUCGGCUGCAUGCUUCGAUUUUACGGUGAAAAACCAUGCCAGAUGGAUCAUCUGGAUCGAAUCCUCCUGUCUGGCAUCUAUAAUGUACGCAAGGGAAAGACCCAGCUGCAUAAGUGGGCUGAACGCCUAGUUGUUCUCUGUGGCACCUGCCUCAUUGUUUCCUCAGUGAAGGAUUGUCAUACUGGAAAGAUGCACAUUUUGCCUCUGGUUGGGGGAAAGGUGGAAGAAGUGAAGCGACGGCAGCAUUCCCUUGCGUUCAGCUCAGCUGGAGCCCAAGCUCAGACCUAUCAUGUCAGCUUUGAGACGUUGGCCGAGUGCCAGAGAUGGCAGCGACAAGCAUCCAAGGUGGUGUCCCAGCGAAUCAGCACUGUUGACCUCUCAUGUUACAGCCUUGAGGAGGUCCCUGAGCAUCUCUUCUACAGUCAAGAUAUCACCUACCUCAAUUUGCGACACAACUUCAUGCAGCUGGAAAGACCAGGGGGCCUUGACACUCUCUACAGAUUUUCUCAGUUGAAGGGCCUGAACUUGUCCCAUAAUAAACUUGGGUUGUUUCCUGUAAUGUUAUGUGAGAUUUCUACCCUGACUGAGCUCAACCUCUCCUGUAACGGAUUUCAUGACGUGCCAAGUCAGAUUGGCAGUCUACUAAAUCUUCAAACCCUCUGUCUUGAUGGCAACUUUCUGAUGACUUUACCAGAAGAAUUGGGAGAUCUGCAACAGCUUUCUUCCCUGGGAAUUUCCUUUAACAAUUUUAGUCAAAUUCCUGAGGUUUAUGAGAAACUCACUAUGAUAGAUAAAGUGGUUAUGGCAGGAAAUCGCCUGGAAGUCCUCAACCUUGGGGUGCUGAACAGGAUGAGCCAUAUCAAACAUGUGGAUUUAAGGAUGAAUCAUUUGAAAACCGUGGUUACUGAAAAUCUGGAGGGAAAUAAAUACAUCACCCACAUGGAUUUGCGGGACAAUCAACUGGCUGACUUAGAUCUUAGCUCCUUAUGUAGCUUGGAACAGCUGCACUGUGAACGGAACCAGCUGAGAGAGCUGACACUCAGUGGCUUCUCCCUUCGAACUCUCUAUGCCAGUUCCAACAGGCUGACAGCGGUGAAUGUCUAUCCAGUACCCAGUCAACUCACUUCUCUAGAGCUUUCACGAAACCUGCUAGAGUGUGUCCCUGACUGGGCCUGUGAAGCAAAGAAGAUGGAAAUAUUAGAUGUGAGCUAUAAUCUUCUGACAGAGGUUCCCAUGAGAAUCCUUAGUAGCUUGAGUCUCAGAAAGCUGACGGUGGGGCACAACCAGGUGCAGAGCCUGCCGGUGCUGGUGGAGCACAUCCCCCUGGAGGCACUGGAUAUUCAGCAUAACCUGCUCACCAGGCUGCCAGAUACGCUCUUCUCCAAGGCCUUAAAUCUCAGAUACUUGAAUGCAUCUGCAAACAGUCUGGAAUCUUUGCCAUCUGCUGGGGCUGGAGAGGAGAGUCUGAGUGCUCUGCAGCUGCUCUAUCUGACCAACAACCUCCUGACAGACCAGUGUGUGCCUGUUCUGGUGGGCCACCCGCACCUGCGGAUCUUGCAUCUUGCGAAUAACCAGCUACAGACCUUUCCUGCAAGCAAAUUAAAUAAAUUGGAGCAACUGGAGGAACUGAACCUAAGUGGCAACAAGCUUAAAACCAUUCCCACGACCAUAGCCAACUGCAAAAGGCUUCAUACCCUUGUGGCUCACUCCAACAACAUCAGCAUUUUCCCAGAAAUACUGCAGUUGCCUCAGAUCCAGUUUGUAGACCUAAGUUGCAAUGACUUGACAGAAAUCCUGAUUCCAGAGGCUCUGCCUGCCUCUUUACAAGACCUUGACCUGACGGGAAAUACGAAUCUGGUUCUGGAACACAAGACGCUGGACACGUUUAGCCAUAUCUCCACCUUGAAAAUUGAUCAGAAACCUUUGCCAACCACCGAUGCUACAGUUACAUCAACCUUCUGGAGCCAUGGACUGGCAGAGAUGGCAGGGCAGAGAAAUAAGCUGUGUGUCUCUGCCCUAGCUGUGGAUAACUUUGCAGAGGGGGUGGGCGCUGUGUAUGGCAUGUUUGAUGGGGACCGAAACGAGGAGCUCCCGCGCCUGCUCCAGUGUACCAUGGCCGAUGUGCUUCUGGAAGAAGUACAGCAGUCAACAAAUGACACGGUUUUCAUGGCUAACACCUUCUUGGUAUCUCACAGGAAAUUGGGAAUGGCUGGCCAGAAGCUGGGCUCUUCCGCUCUCCUCUGUUACAUCCGCCCUGACACUGCCGACCCAACAAGUAGUUUUAGCCUGACUGUUGCCAAUGUUGGCACGUGCCAAGCAGUCCUGUGCCGCAGUGGGAAAGCAGUGCCCCUCUCGAAAGUCUUCAGCCUGGAGCAGGACCCAGAGGAGGCUCAAAGGGUGAAGGACCAGAAAGCCAUCAUAACAGAGGACAACAAGGUGAAUGGGGUAACCUGCUGUACCCGGAUGCUGGGCUGUACGUACCUCUACCCUUGGAUCCUCCCUAAGCCCCACAUAUCUGCCACUCCACUUACCCUUCAAGAUGAGUUGCUGAUUCUGGGAAACAAAGCAUUGUGGGAACACUUGUCAUAUACAGAAGCUGUCAACGCAGUGCGCCACGUGCAAGACCCAUUAGCGGCUGCCAAGAAGCUGUGCACAGUAGCCCAGAGCUAUGGUUGUCAGGACAAUGUGGGGGCGAUGGUGGUCUAUUUGAACAUUGGUGAGGAAGGGUGCACGUGUGACAUGAAUGGGCUCACCCUCCCGGGUCCUGUGGGAUUUGCUUCAACCUCCAUCAUCAAGGACCCCCCAAAGCCAACCACUCCUUCCUCCAGUAGUGGCAUCGCCUCGGAGUUUGGCAGCGAGAUGUCAACUUCAGAGGUGAGCAGUGAGGUGGGGUCCACUGCUUCUGAUGACCACAACACUGUCGGGCUGGACGCUGGCUUGCUUCCGAGGCCAGAGAGGCGUUGCAGCCUCCAUCCAACACCCACCUCUGGGGUGUUUCAGCGCCAGCCUUCUUGUGCGACUUUUUCAAGUAACCAGUCUGACAAUGGCCUGGACAGUGAUGACGACCAGCCUGUCGAAGGUGUCAUAACAAAUGGCAGCAAAGUAGAAGUAGAAGUAGAUAUCCACUGCUGUAGGGGAAGGGGUCUCGAGCACUCGCCCACUCUUAUAGAGAAUUCUCCUACCCGAUGUCCUGAGGAGCGUGCUAGAGGAUCGUUUUUUGGGAUCCGAAGACAGAACAGUGUGAAUAGUGGCAUACUUCUGCCAGUGAGCAAGGACAGGAUGGAGUUACAGAAGUCCCCCUCCACUUCCUGUCUCUAUGGAAAGAAACUCUCGAACGGCUCUAUCGUGCCCCUAGAAGACAGCCUAAACCUCAUUGAAGUGGCCACAGAAGCACCCAAGAAGAAGACUGGCUACUUCGCUGCCCCGACUCAGCUGGAGCCAGAGGAUCAGUUUGUUGUACCUCGUGACCUGGAAGAAGAAGUGAAAGAGCAAAUGAAGCAACACCAAGAAAGCAGGCCUGAGCCUGAGCCCAGGGAAGAGGAUCGGACCGAGCUCCCGGAGGAGUUUGACACGGCACUGUAGCCCUCCCCCAGGAGCCGGAGCUGAGGGAAAGCUGUGUGGUGUGGGGGUGGGGACCCUUCCAGAGGCAUUUUGCCUCUACAUUUCUAAACCAUAGCUGAGUGGGGGUAGAACUUGGAGCCAGACAUGGUGAGAGCUAUCAGGGUCUUGCUCCGGAUAAGCUAGUAAACACCAUCAGUGUUAGUUUCACAUUUAACCUGCAGUGGAAUUCCCAGAGUUACUGGGAAGAAAGCAGAUGCUGUUCUGUAUCAGUCCUACCACCUGCCAUUAACCCUUUCUCUCCUAGGAUAAUUUGAAAAUUUGCCUACCUGGGCAGGAAAGGGACUCUCUCUCUGGAGGAAAUAACUGAAGAUUGAUUCUCUUUACUAAUUGCUGCUGAUGGAUCUCUGUGACAGAGAAAUCACCUUAUAUCUCAGCCUAACUGAUGGGAUGUGAUGUGACCAGUCACAUGGCUUUUCCUUCUUCUCUACGAGAAUACAGCCUUUCGAAAUGAUGUUUAUUGGAAAUGUAGAACCAAUCAAACAGAUAAUUUAUGUAUGUAAUGUAAUGAGAGCACUUUUCAUUGACUGUGAACUUUUUAUUUUUGAAUCUGCACUCGAGCCAAUCUUCUUAGAGGCAGCCCGGCCCCUUUUUCUGUGGACAGAAUGAUCAUCAGGUGUUGGAGCACUCUGUGAGGGUACUAGGAAGGGCCCUGGGAAAUCUCUGAACUGUUGGAGGGCAGACUGGAAAAGCUCUGAGAAACUCGGGGGAGUAGGAUCUUCGGGGAUGAAGAAUGGUGAAGGAGAGAGGACUAAGACUGCUUCCCCCCGCCCCGAUCAGAAAAAGAGAAUAACUCCUUGACAAAUGUGAUACCUGUGAGGAAUUGCCCAGCAGAUCACAAGAGAAGUAUUUGGGGACUGGCCUCUUCCCACGACACGUGAUGGAGUUGGCAGCCAGCCUCCUCGUGUAGGGCCAAGGCUGAUGCUGCUCGCAUCCAAGUAACCUUGAGUGUAGCAGGUGACUCUGCAUGACUGAGGCUGAAUGGAUGGAGAUCAUGGGUUAGACAUGUUCCUUCUCUUACUCUAGAGCAGAGGGAUGGUUUUCUAAAGUGUCGGAAAUGAGUUCACGUCUUUAAUGUUGAACAGCAUACUCUUAUGAAAACUGCUUAUCCGCCUCACAUGGUUUCGGAGUACUGGGCUUAAUUACUAAUAGAAGAAAGAAUUGAGAAAAUCCUAAGCUUACAGAAAACCUGGCUUACUGUAUUUUUGCACAUUCCACAUAACCCUAGCAAAAUGCAGUUCCUUCCAUAUUUCUGUUCUGUUGCCUUUUCCAUUAGAAGAUUUACUUAGGAAACUAAUUCCUACUUAUUCCUAUAAAAUUUUGACAUUGCUUGAUUUUACCCAAUGGGGAAUGUGCUUUGAAUUUUUAGAAUACUUUCACAAAAAAGAAAAUAGUGUGGAACUGUGAAUUUGCUUUAUGAGAAACAAAAUGUUAAAGAUAGGGUUGAGAUAUAUAUAGAUUUGUCUAUUUAUAUCUUUGAGGGGGUUUUUGAAGUUUUUGUUAAAGCAAUAGUAGAAAACCAGAUGACCUGUCCACAAAUGGUUAUGUAUCCUUAUCUUCUUAGAGGCCUCACAUCUGUGUGUGUGGGGGGGUGGUUUGUGUGUGUGUGUGAGUGGGGUUCACUCUUGGGGGAUUCUGUACCACUCCAGUGGCUGUCUAAAGUCCAUCCCCUCAAGAAUCUGAGUUGGAGUCCCCAUAUUGUCAGGAAAACUUGACUUCUCUGUAUCAAACUACUGGUCAGCUACUAAAAAGUUUCAGAACUCAGGUCUUGAUUUGAAGUGGGGAAUAUAAUGGUUCAUACAAAAUUUAGAUGCUGUUAGAAAAAGGGGAACAAAUCAUUUGUUGCUACCCUAUUUUUAUAUGGGGAAAUGGGGGAAAAAAUGAAGGAGAAAUGAAAAUGAAGAAAAAGCCCAAAGUAAUAGUGAUGGGUGACGUGAAACGUCUUGCUACUCGGAAAGCAGAAUCUUUGAGUUACAGAACACUGGUGCUGUCUGCAGAAGAAAGUAACUUUAGGAAUAUACCACUUUCAUAGUAUAGUUUCUUAAAAAUAGUCCUUUAUCUCUGUGAACCCUUUUCUUGUCUUUGUUUCCCACCCUACUUAUUGGAACCACCAUGAAACCCAGUUCUGAAAUGACUUUACCAAAAGUAAAUGUAUUUACUUUUUCAUCAGAAGAACUCUAAAAUUCCAUGUGUUCUUUUACAUGGUAGAUUUAUUUUCAGGAAACACUAGGUUGCAUUGAAAACCUUUCAUAUAGGCUUUCAUAUAGUUAGUACCAAACUACGCUUUCCUGUAACUUCCUUUCAUUCAUUUCCCUCUAUAAUUGCUCUGUAUUAAAAUAGAGGGUUAGAAGGCCAUAGUCCAUUACCAAAAAUAGCUUAAGAACUCUUGACCUAUGAGGUCAUUUACAGUCGUGUGAGCUGAUUAGGUUGUCAGGUGGUAAAAUCCAGGAAUCUGUCUGCAGGUGAAUGUAAUCUACUUCCCAGGACUUUACCCAGAGGAUGUGUUCCCCAGGUGGGCAGAGUACUGUUGAUCUCUAGCCCAGAGAUUCUGGCCUCUGCGUGAUUCUCAGGUCUCUGUGUGUACCUCCCAUUUAAUAGAGUACUUUAAGAGAAUUUGUGAAAGAAUAUUACUCCUGCUUCUGGGAGCAGUUCAGGAGUCCCAUGGAAGAAAGAAAAAUACAUGAGUCUUGGCAGCCAUGGUAUUCUUAUUUUUAUCCAUAUGGAUUGGAAAUACGUUUGAAAAUUUGAAUGCCACUAUGUCAUCAUGAGUCUACCGUAGAGUCAUUGAAUUGGCACUCCUCAUACAGGUGAGGGCGUUAUUAUUAUACUACUGUAGAAUGUAUGUGUGCAAUAAGUUGAUGAAUUCAUCUUCUUGGUGUUAUGGAAGAGCCAACACAAGCAGCUUGGUAAUCACUGGGUGCUAUUAUAGUUGUUUGUAGCGAGUGCUAUUUUCCGGGAGAUGGAGCCAGUGAGGUUUGGUUUAUCUACUGAAUAUCAAACAUUGCUCUUCUUCCCAUGUAGACCUUCAGUAAAAGCAGGUACUUGGAAGCCACAGGCUCACCUUCUCUCUCUACUCAAUAAUUAUUAAUGAAGAGACCUCCACAAGGGAGCAUUUGGCUGUUAUCGAUAAAUGUACCAAUUAUUAAAUAAUUAGUCUCCAAGCCAUUCAGUGAUGCCUGCAGCAUCACUCGAGAACUGUGUCGCAUCACUUUUUACUUCCCUCUGGAUGGGGCCUUUUCAGACUCCCCCAGUCGUGGAGGCAAGUUCAUCUUUCUCUCCAGUUAGUGACUUUUGCCCCAUGGUUGGGUAAGCACUUCCUAGAUUGAGAAAAGCAGCUACAGUAAAUCCUGCUGUUUCCUCCAUUUGGUGAUCAUUCAAUCACACAUAAGCUCCUUGUAUUCUAAAUUUCAUGCACUUCUCCCAGAUGCUAUAGGGUUUUCUCUCACUGUUGCCAGUGGAUGUCAUCCAGACAGUGAGUUCAUAUCUUAUGGUUUUGUGCAAUCAUUGUUGUAUUGUAGUCCUAAGACUCAUUAUAGUGUAUUUUUGAUAUUUUUGAAAUGUGUUAAAUUUUUUAAUUCAAUAAUAUGAGCCAGAGCAUGUUGCAGCAAAUCUAUUGUUUGUAAAAAACAAUAACAAUAAUAAUAAAUAAAAUAAAAUGGAAUAUCUUUUUCAUGGCUUUGUUUUAAAAUGGAAUACCUGUUAUUUUAUAAAUACUUUAUUUUGGCAUGAAACUAUAAUUUUCUCUAACUUGUAUAUAGAAUUAGUUUCUUAACCAAAAGCACAUUUAGGAUUUUUUUUUUGCCCUUUUUUUUCUUUUUUUCUUUUGUUUUAGAGAAAGAUAAAUGAAACCACAUUCCAUGACACUACGAAGCUAUGAGUUAAGGCAAGAAUAAAUAUUUUCGAUCACCUCUUAAGCU